AUGGCUACACGCGAGGAGCUAGAGGCAAAGAAAGUUCCGGAGCUCAAGGAGGAGUGCCAGCAGCUGGGCCUGCCAGUCACUGGGAAGAAGGCGGAGUUGAUCGACCGGAUCCUGGCAGCCCAGGGCAGCAGCGCAGCCGAAGCAGAUGCCGCAGAGCCAGCAGAGGCCGCAGCAGCACCCGCCAACGGCUCGGCUCACAGCAGUGGCAAGCACCAGCGCAUUGAGUUCAACCUGGCGGCGGCGGAGCCAGCUGUGGCGCCUGCAGCAGCUGCGGCGCCUUCGAGCAAAAUAAUUAAGCUCGGGGGAGAGGACGAGGCCCCCAAGGCAGUGGCUGCGGAGGCACCCGAGGCGCCUGCGCCACACGGGGACAUAGAGUCUGUGGCGGUCCUUAGUGCGGAGGAGCGGAAGCGGCUGCGCGGCGAGAAGUUUGGUUUGUCCGAAGACGACAAGAAGAAAAAGAGGGCUGCGCGGUUUGGCCUGCCGGAUGCUGAGGCAGAUGAUGAGAAGAAGAAGCAGAGGCGCGAGCGCUUUGGCAUCACCACCAAAGAUGACGAGAAGGCAGCGCUUGUUGCCAAGAAGGCAGAGCUGCUGGACCCCACCAAGCUCAAGGCCCGCGCGGAGAGGUUUGGCGUGGCAAAGGGCAGCGCCCUUGCGAGCGCGGAGGACGAGGCAAAGAAGAAGGCGCGUGCCGAGCGCUUCAAGGCGGCGCAGUAA